GCCCCCGCCACGGCCUCGUCGUGAUGGCUCCUCGCGGUGGCCUCUCAGUCCCCACAAACGGCGUCCUGGGCCACAGCCUCCGCAUUCCGUCAACAAACACCGAGCUUGUUCGCGCCCUGUCUAGGCUGAGACGAGAGUCCCUGAUAUCCGUCGUCCUACAAUGGCUGGACAAGAAGCACCGCAACUUCUGCCAGCCGUACCUGUACGCGGACCACGACCCUGACGAUGCUGAGAACGAGCACCUCGAGUACGACCCCCCGGCCCAAAGUCUCGAGGAAUUGCGAGAAGUAUACGAGGGCCACAAGAAGGGAAAGGGCAGCCGCAAGGAGAUUGCCGACCGCAUCCUGUGCGGAGACUGGAGGCAUGGCAUCUCGCUGUAUCAACUCGCAAUGGUCGAGGAGCGCCUUCUCCUCGACCACCCAACCUCCCACAAGUGGUAUGGAAAGCGACUCGUGAGGAAGCGGGAACAGGAGCCUGGCGUGGAACCCGGUGACUACGCCGACGACUUCCCGCGAUUCCAAGCCGCCACGUUUCUCCAGAGCCUCGCGAACCAGCUUUCGCCAUUGAUGAAAGCACAUUACUACUUCACCCGCCAGAAAAACAUGCACAAAGGCAUGGGACUCACGCUCAUGCGCAUCUUUAUGCAUGAUUCGCCAUACAACACCGAACAGUCGCUUCACGACGUUCAGCCACAGACCUCUGGCGGUUCGAGUGCUGCAAAGGCGGUCUGGGUGGCGUUCCCGGACGGCUCACCCUACGUGUACCUAUCUAUUUCGACCUCUCCCGGACAACGAGUUGGGUACGAAGCACUAAGCCUUCAAAAGCUGUUGUACGAUGCAGUGCCCCAGGCCCUUUCAAAACCGUUCAAGCGCUACGAAUUGCAAGAUACCAAACUCCACACUCGCUCCCUCGAGGCCCUACUCACUCUUCGCGGCUCAAGGGGAAGCAACGCCGCGCCAGGUGGCUGGAGCAUAUUCGUUGACAAUAAACUCAAUCAAAACACGCUGGACUUUGGUAUCAAUCCACCUUCUAAAGAUGCUAUCAAGAAAAGCAAGCCACCCAACCCAGCCCAUGUGCACGACAGAGCGGGUAAAGAGAACAAUACGCGCACUACUAAGCGUGGACGGAGAAACACAGCUCUUGCUGAUGAAGAAGCCGCGGAAUCGCCAGCCAGCAAGCGCUGGAAGCAAGUCGCAGAGGGCCGGUUCGGUAAUUCUGGUGUCGAAGGCGACGGCAUGGCUCUCGAGCGUGUUGAAGUGAGGAUCGAUGACGCAUUCCCUGCCAGUGUGAUCCCUGCGGUUCUAGAUGAAGAAGACAUUCAGAACCCCAGACCUACGGCUAGAAAAAGCAAAGCGUACGGUCGCCCGUCGAGACCCUCAGAGCUUGAUAGAGAAGCCGACGAGACAGCUAGCACACCAGGAGCCGGCUCUGCAGACUGGCGCCCGGACGUCCGUGCCACCUUCUACGGAUCCCACGUGUUUGCCGGCAUCCGACAGCUUGCGGAAAAGGGAGUGGUCGAUGGAGAGAGGAUGCCUGGUUGGAUGACUGGAGAGGCCGGAGUGAGCAUUGGCGUUGUCAAAGAUGGCAAGAUUCGGACGAGAAAUAAUAUUGUUUGAUCAUCAGGAUACCCUUUUUCCUUAUUGUAACGGUACUAGUAUGACAGCGGAAUGGAUGACGGUGUCUAGGGCAGAGCCAGGCUUGGCUAAUCGCGGAAUUAUGGAGUUCAGGACAGUGAUACCACCUGGGGCCUGGUCUUUUCGGAGCUAUUGAAGGUCCUCUCGGUUCUAAGCUUGUCAACUGGAGAUUUGAUUUCGCUUGAUGUAUUCAUGACAACUAUGUAAUACUGUUGGGGUGUUCUAGCGGCUUCUACUAGCGAAGGAACUGCGCACGUGUUGUAUUAUUAUCACAGUGUGAACAUAAAUAGCGGCUAAUUAGAUUGUUCACGGCCCC